AUGGGACAGGAUAGUAGUUAUCGACGUAGAUCAAGGACUCCUCUUAGUGAGUCUUUCUCAUAUGAAGAGGAAAACCAUCGUGAAUGCAAGUACAAGAGCCCAACACGCAGAAGACUAGGAAAUGAUGCUUUGAGCAAAGCGUUGCACCAGAUUUCCAAAUCGCCCUUCACACGCAGGAUUGAAGGGGCAACCCUUCCUCGGCAUUUCCAUCAGCCAAUGUUCACCAUCUACAAUGGACGAAUGGACCUGGUGGAACAUGUAAGCCAUUUCAAUCAGAGAAUGGCUGUCCAUUCUAAGGACGAAGCCUUGAUGUGCAAGGUGUUCCUAUCCAGUCUGGGACCCGUGGCGAUAAGAUGGUUCGACGGCCUAAAGGCAGAUUCCAUAGAUUCCUUCAAGGAGCUCACCCGGGCUUUUGGCUCUCGUUUUAUUACGUGUACCAGGGUCCCUCGACCCAUAGAUUCCCUACUGUCCUUAUCCAUGCGAGAAGGAGAGACUCUGAAGAAAUAUUCGGACAGAUACUGGGAAAUGUUUAACGAGAUUGAUGGCAACUUUGAUGAUGUGGCCAUCAGCAACUUUAAGGCCGGCCUCCCAACUGAGCACGAUUUAAAGAAGUCUUUGACUGGCAAACCUGUCGCUAGUGUACGCUAA